CACGACGACGAGCACCAGCACGACCACGACGACGACUACCACGGCCGGUUAGGAGUAUUCUUAAUGUCAGACGCGAGCCUCCUCUCGGCCUCAGUUUUGUUUACCGUGUCCUCGCGUAAACAGCGGAGUGCCGUAGAACACGACGAUAGUUAUGAGGCCCCGUUUCCUACCUGCUAUCGUCAUCCUGAUCCUGAUCGAGGCACCCGACCGUGGUGACAGCAUAUCGUACACAACAGUGAAAACAUGGGCUCACAAAUUGGGUUUCGAGCUGUCACAAUUGGGCAAGUACGUGACCAACGUGGAGAAGUUCCACGAGAGCUACAAACAGGCGGUGGCGAAGCCACGUGAUGGUCACGCUCUGGUCCACGAGAUCGCCAAGGACAUCAAGGCUAUGAUGGAGUCGAAAAUAUCAGCCAUCAAGAGAAUCAUGGACGUCGCUGAAACGUCAGCCUUUUCCGCUCCAGACACCGAUCCUCCAAAAACCUUCGACUUCAUCAAUGCGAAAAACAAUACAAUCGAGUUGAAGCACAGUUCUCACUUUGGUGGUAAAGUUAAUUUAAACAUGUCAGCUGUACACGUCCCAACAAACGUUUACGAACGAGCGUCCAACGUGAUCAGAGCCAUUAAAUGGUCCGAGGAGCUGGAUAGAAUUUUCAUCAGUAACUACGAGCAAGAUCCGUCGUUGUCGUGGCAGUAUUUCGGUAGCGCGACUGGUUUCAUGAGGCAGUAUCCUGCCAUGGGCUGGUACAUGGAGCCUGUGGAUCUGUUCGAUUGCAGAACAAGAAGCUGGUACAUAGAGGCAGCUACUAGUCCAAAAGAUGUUCUGAUUUUAAUAGAUACCUCUGGUAGUAUGACUGGAAUCCGUCGUGAAAUCGCCAGACAUGUGGUGAACAAUAUUUUAGACACACUUGGGAACAAUGAUUUUGUGAAUAUCAUCACGUUCUCCAAUGUUACCAAAGAGGUAGUACCGUGUUUCAACGACACCUUGGUACAAGCUAAUUUAGCGAACGUGAGAGAACUGAAGCGAGCAAUCUUGAAUUUAGACACAGAGAAGAUAGCGAAUUUCUCGCUGGCCUUGAAUACUGCGUUCGAACUGCUCGAGACGUAUCGAAGGGAAAGGAAAGGAGCCUGCUGCAACCAGGCGAUCAUGUUGAUAACAGACGGAGUGCCGUACAACUACAAGGAAAUCUUCGAAGUUUACAAUUGGGGGGACAAUAUUGACGAGCCUUUCAAAGCUGAUAUGCCGGUCAGAAUGUUCACUUAUCUGAUUGGCAGAGAGGUAGCGGAUGUGAAGGAAGUCCAGUGGAUGGCAUGUGCUAAUAGAGGCUACUUCGUGCAUCUUUGCACCUUGGCUGAAGUCAGAGAAGAAGUCCUGAAAUACGUUCCAGUGAUGGCGAGACCGUUGGUCCUUGGUCGUACGGAUCAUCCAACGAUCUGGACACCGGUGUACGCCGACGUGACAGAUCCAAAGAUGACCGAUUGGUUAUGGGAGCAAAGAGAGAGCGAGGAGCAAAAGGAGAGGUUCCUUCGGCUUCACAGAAGGAAGAAACUGUUCAACAGCGAAGAGAGGGAUCGCAGGUUCGUGAAGAAGCAGAAGAAAUCACACGACCAGACCAGCGAUCUUCAGGAGUACAGGCUGAUGACCUCGGUCAGCGUUCCUGUGUUCGACAGAAGGGAGAACGCGAACAUCACAAGGCAGGUGCUGGUGAACGAGGCAUACUGGGUGACAGAGACAAGAGAGACACGAAUCGCCGAUCUGCUCGGCGUCGCUGGCACGGACGUUCCUAUCGAGGAGAUACAGAAACUCAUGAUGCCACACCUGCUUGGCGUCAAUGGAUACGCGUUCAUUGUGACGAAUAACGGUUUCAUCCUGAUUCAUCCUGACCUCCGACCAGUGUUUCAGGGGAUCCUAAAACCAGCGUACAACAGCGUCGACAUGGCGGAGGUUGAGCUGAUGGAUCAGGAUAGAGGACCCAGAGAAUUCGCUGAGGGAAUCACUAUGCUUCGGCAUGACGUGGUGAAUCAGGCGAACGGUACCGUAACGCUGCACACCAAGUAUCAUUAUGACGAUAUGAAACGUGUGGGCAGAGUAAAGAGGAAAUACGACUAUGCAGGAAUUCUGCAGACACCUUUCACGGUGGUGGUUAGCCUGCCGGAACAUAAUCACACCGGAAGUUACCGCGUGCUCGCAACCGAGGAGAUACAUCGCUCGCACGUUAGCGGUAAAAACGUGUCUGAUUAUUUCACUGGGUCAAACUGGCGGGUGCAUCCUGAUUGGCUGUACUGCAAGUAAGUGAAGAUUUUCCUAUUUUAUAGGUAUCACUACGAAGAUGACAGAACGUUCAAUAACUCGGAACUGCAGUUGUUGCACUUCCUAGAGCGAACCCGCCAGCCAGGCUGGAAGUGGAACGACAUGAAACAACCGUCCCAGCCGCCAGAGUCUCAGGCCACGGGUUCCGGUAACGACACUCACCGUAAAUCAAAGCCUACUGCAUACAAAGCGGAUAAAGACUCGUACUACUGCGACAGGGAUCUUCUGCUGAGUUUGGUAUUCGACGCAAAGGUAACCGAGUGGUUUGCGAACCCCAGCACUGCACGCGAAGAGAAAGGACCUUUAGCUAGGCUGAUGAAUCUGCUGCCCAGGAAAGAGUUCCAACAACGUUUCGGUGUAACCGUCGCCUUCAUGGCCACUCACAGUGGUCUGACAAGAUGGCAGGACUUUCUGAUGGACGAGGAAGGCACCGUUCCUGAUGAUCACUUCAUCAAGAUGUAUUCAAGAGCCAUAGAUGAAGUGUGGUACAAGCGUGCCGUGGAGCAGCACUAUGUGCAACCAGAGAGCUUCGUAUUUUCCGUGCCAAUCGACGAGGAGGGUGCUGAUAAUACCACCCUCGUCACUGCCAGUCGUGCCAUUUUUAUCGAAUCUCAAAACGGAAAGGCGCCAGCAGCAGUUGUUGGUUUCCAGUUCCAGCAUAUUGCUCUUCAGGGUCUCUUUCAGAACAUCACAUUCAGCUGCGAAGGUCUGGGCAAUUGUCUUGUACACUGUGGCAAAACUAACUGGACCUGCUAUCUGAUCGACAACAAUGGAUACGUGAUCGCAGCUGAAGACGAGUCUGACGCUGGAAAAUUCUUCGGUGAAUUGAGAGGUCCAAUCAUGUCCAGUUUAGUGAAAGAAGGUGUCUUCGAAAGGAUCAGGAUAUUCGAUUAUCAGGCGGUCUGCUUUAAGGCUACAUCAACGUCUAACAAUGCAAACAUUUUGUUGACGCCAUGGAAAAACGCACAGAGGAUGAUCUCGUGGCUCGUCGGUCAAGCAGCCUGGGCUUGGGCCAAAGCUGGCAUUUGGGAAUCCGAGUACGCUGAAGCAUAUGCUUAUCCUAAAGACGAAGAUGGUAUCCACGAAGAUUAUCAAGAGAACGAAGAUAAACCACCAGCAGACGCAAAGGAUGAGAAACUGUUCGACCAGAAGGUCCUGAUCAAUCGAACUCGACCUGAAGCUUGCGAUCAAGAAGUGUAUCUGUACCUGCGGAAUACAUCAUUCGAAACGUUCGACAUAGAAUCAGACGCUGAUGGAGAAUGUACAAGGCCAUAUGUGGUGCAACCGGUAGAUUUCAGUAACAUGUUACUCCUGGUAGUGAACACGGAUUGUGGACAGACAGAUAUGCCUCCUCUAAGCGUCAUCCCGGAAGAGGUUAUGUACGAGAACAACUCUUUGGUGUGUCAGAAGGCGCUCACCACCCUGAACAGGAAAAGACCACAGUCUUGCAUUCGUAGCCAUCCAAGAGAGAGCGAGAUCAAAGAUCUCUGUGGCUUAGGUUCAAAUGUGGCGCCGAAUAUCUACCUCCUGUUUCUCUUAUCGACCGCCUGUGCUCUCCUUCAACGAGUCGUUUUCGGUCAAAAUUAA